AUGGGUAUCAGCCUCGACAGGCUGCGACCAUCACCUUCUCCACUCAAGGGGUUUUCAUUAGAAGCUAUGCAACCUAUCGGCGCCAUCAUACUUUUGGUUACGGUGGGGCAAGGGGUCCACACGGUCACCAGCAUGACGGACUUCCUAAUGGUCAAGGCUCCAUUAUCCUAUAAUGCCAUAUUGGGACGCUCGACCCUCAAUAACUUAAAGGUGGUAACCUCUACUUACCACUUUAAAAUGAAGUUCCUAACAAAAGUGGGAUUUAGCAAAGUCCAAGGUGAGCAGAUAUUGGUCAGAGAGUUACGUCCAGGAGUUAAAGACGGGAGCGUCGGCAGUAUGCUCGGUAGAUAG